GCGAGUCAAUCCUCUCUUCUUUUGCCCCUUUCUUUUCUUUCAUUUGUUAUUGUUUUCUUUUCUAUAAUAAUAAACAUAAAAAAAAUUUAAAAUAAAAUUAAAAGCCGAGAAACGGCGAAAAAAAAGAAAAGAAAUUCCACGUGGGUCCCGGUUAUUGGUUUCAGCCUUUGACGGCAAGCUGGUCAGAAGCGACAGAGAUGAAAGAGAAAUAAAGCAUCAUAAGUUUGACUCUCUUCCUCUUCCUCUGGCUUUUCCCCCAUCUUCUUAUAUUCUCUAAUUGCCAUUCUCAUUUUCUUCCUAAACAUUUGAAACUCAGUUCAACCAUCUCUCCUCUUCCCUUCUUCUUCUUCUUCUUCUUCUUCUUCUUCAUCUCCUCAGCUAUCUCCUACAAUUUUUAAUCCCAGCUAAAAAAAGAAGAAGGUUUCUUUAGAGUUGUGUAUGGUUGUUGUUGAUUAGAAUAAGAAAGAUGGCUGUAGAUUUGAUGACUGGAUUUCGAACCGAUAGUUUUGCAGCAGCGAAGAUGGAAGAAACCGCUGUCCAAGAAGCUGCCACUGCUGGACUCCAGAGCGUUGAAAAGCUCAUCAGGUUGCUUUCCACAACCACCCAAUCUAAAUCUGACCCUCAACAGGCUACAGUCUAUCAGGAUUCAUCUGAUUAUCAAGCCGUUGCUGAUGCUGCCGUCCAUAAGUUUAAGAAAUUCAUUUCUCUGUUAGACCGGACACGAACAGGGCAUGCCCGGUUCCGCCGUGGACCGGUUAAUAAUUCCAAUUCUAAUCCUAAUCCAAAUCCUUCUUCCCCUGCUCCGCCGCCGCCGGCUCCACAAACCCAAAAAACCCAUCAGCCACAGCCGCAAAAUAGUCUUGUUAUAGGUCAACCCGUUAAUAAUUUGCUUCAAAUUCAACCCGUGGAAGACGAUAAAGAGAAGGUGAAAUCCGGUUCAAGGAUUUAUUGCCCGACGCCGAUUCAGGGAUUGCCGCCGCUUCCUCACAACCACCAUCAGUUGGUGAAGAGCGCACCGAUUGAAAGGAAAGAGUCUUCCACGACGAUUAAUUUCGCGUCUGCUUCGCCGGUGAAUUCAUAUAUGUCGUCCUUGACCGGAGACACCGAGAGCUUGCAGCCGUCGAUGUCUUCUGGGUUUCAGAUUACAAAUCUGUCCUCACACGUUUCGUCGGCCGGUAAACCGCCUCUAUCAACGUCGUCGUUUAAGAGGAAGUGUAGCUCUAUGGAUGAUUCAGCUAUGAACAAGUGCCAUACCGGCGGCGCUGCUUCCUCCGGUGGACGUUGCCAUUGUCCCAAGAAAAGGAAAUCGAGGAUGAAAAGAGUAGUUAGAGUUCCGGCGAUAAGCAUGAAGAUGGCCGAUAUUCCGCCGGACGAUUACUCAUGGAGAAAAUACGGUCAAAAGCCAAUCAAAGGUUCCCCUCAUCCUAGGUGAGUUGACUUAAAAUCCGAUUACUGUUAUUUGACGCUAUAACAUUUGCCUGUCGGUUCAGUUUUGUCCCUGUUUUUAAGGUUAAAAUCCAGCAAUGACUUGACUUUUCUUGAGGGUGUUCUGGACAUUUCGGGACAUUGGUUGUUCGGACUAAUUAAUUAAGAUUUAUUCUUGAACAAAUUUCAGGGGUUAUUACAAAUGUAGUAGCGUAAGAGGAUGCCCGGCCCGGAAACAUGUGGAGCGGGCAUUAGAUGACCCGACUAUGCUCAUUGUUACAUACGAAGGAGAUCACAAUCACUCCCAUUCAACCACGGAUGCACCGGCGGCGUUAGUUUUGGAAUCCUCUUAAUCUGGACCGUCCAUCUCCGAAGUGAUUUGGCCAUCCCUCCUCCCUUCUCCGGCGGCCGAGGCCACAAGAUCAGAUCUAAUCACAGCCGUCCAAAGUGCAAAAAGAGGAUAACAGAUGAAAGAGAGAGAAGAUGGAGAGUUUCUUAUUAUAUCUCUUGGGUCAACUCUCUUAGGUUGAGAUUGUUGUUGCCUAGUAGGCAUCAUCAUCAUGCUGGGUGGGGUCCAGUUGUAAAUUAUGGUUGUUUCUCUUAUGGCUGGUUUUUUACUAGUUAUUUUAUGGUUUUUGGGAGGAGAAACUGAAAAAGAAGCUCAAAAAGAAAGGGAUAAAAAAAAAAAAGAUGGCCAAUUCAAUUGUGGAUUUGUUGUGAUCAGUGCAUCAAUGAGUCCAAGUGGUGGGGGGAUUUCUUUUUGUUUUUCUUGUUAACUUAUACAUAUCCAAAUUGGAUCUCUUUUUUAACAUUUGAUCUUUGAGGUUUGAUCUUAAACUCAAUUGUCCCAAUGGUUCCAUUAAGUUGAGGAACUUUUGAGUUUGGACCAACUAAUGUGAUUAUUGUCAUUUACAUGUUCAUUUCAGACACUUUCACCUCAGUUUGUCAGUGAACAUAAACCAUAUUCGGAACUUCAAGUAAAACAUAUGUAACAUUUAGGGUAUGUUUGUUUUGUUUUUUUAGUGUGUUUUUAGGUUUUUUUUGUAUUGGAAAUGUAAAAAUGUGCGUUGAAAAUGUAAAAAAAUAUGCUGAGAUAGGAUAAUUAUUAAUAAAAUAAUCAAACAAACAGAGCCUUGAUCAUUCUUAGCAUUACAACUUAGGUUUUUUUUUUUUAAAGAAAAUAUAUUUUUAAAAGAAGUUUUGGUAGUCAAUCACUUAUUGAUCGGAGCGGAAAGGAUAUAAAAGAAAGACUCAAGUUGUGUAAUAAUUAAUGGAUGACUUGUCGUGUGUGAGACGGGUGUGGAGUGGUGGACUGACUAACUCAAUUAUAUCAUUAUUAUCCCACCCAUUAAAGAAAAAGCAGGGCAAUUCCCGUUUACGUUUUUCAAUUUAGUUAUUCAGAAACAAAAAAACAAAACAAUUUUUUUCGUAAUCAUUCAAAAAAAAAAAAAACAAAACCUUAUGGUACUGAAAUAAUAAAAAGAAAAAAAUUGCUUAAAAAAUUUUAUUUGUGCAAAGUUGACUUCACAAUAUUGGUGUAAUUUUUAAAUUAUUGUUUUGGGUACAGUACUAAUGAAUGAAUGGUCCGAAAUGGGGGUUAAUUACAAUGUACCACGUACUUGUCAAAUACAUUUGUUUAUUUAAGGAGAGC